UAAAGGGUCUUUUAGAAGAAGCUGGCAAGAUGGUACUCUCAAAACAGUUAGAAAAAAAAGUGGUGAAGGGGUCCGGUAUAUAAUACUCCAUCCAGGAUCAAACGCAAGUCUAAUUUUUAAAUCUGGUAGCAAGUCCGGAGACUAUCAUGACUCCAUGAAUUGCCUUAACUUUGAGAAGUGGUUUGAACAACAAUUGAUCCCGAACUUGGAUGAACCUUCUCUUAUAAUUAUGGACAACGCUUCUUACCAUUCAGGAUUGGUAGAAAAAAGUCCAAAUCAAUGCUGGACAAAAAUGUCACUUAUAGAGUGGCUAACAUCACGAGACAUUACAUUUGCACCAACAAUGAUGCAAGAUCAGAUCUGGGAAGUAGUGAAAAAUCAUAUACCACCAAAACUAUUUAGAUUGAACGAAUUAGCAUUACAACAUGGUCAUCGUGUUUUGAGACUUCCUCCAUAUCACUGCGAGUAUAAUCCAAUCGAAAUGGUAUGGUCAGAAUGCAAACGGCAUUACGAUGCAAGGAUCGGUUCAAUUCAGCCUGUCACACACAGAGUCGUUUUGUCUUUAUGGAAUGAGGCACUGCACAAAGUUACACCGGAAAAAUGGAAAAGAUAUUUUGAUCAUACAAGAGGCAUUAUAAACCAGGCCUGGGAACGGGAACAACAUAUUGAUACAUUAGACAUCUUACCGGUGAUUGUCAACUUGGACGAAUCUGAUAGUGACGAAGAUUAUUAUGAUGAUUAUAUUCAUGAGGCAGAAGAGAAUCAGCGUGUUUAAGAAUUUUAUUUUGGGCCGUUUAUACAUAUACCUACUUG